GCGCGCCGCUGGCCCGAGCCAGCGCUUAGCCGGGAGCCGGAGCUCUCAGUCGUUCGGAGCUCGUUGCGCCGUUCGAACGUGUUGUUUUGGCGUAGUUCAUCGACCCACCACCGGCGCGCUCUCCCGCUUGCUUCCGGUUUCGUGACAUUGAAAGUUGGCGCUCCACUGACUCGGCCGCAUUGUGCGUCUCUUUCUUUCGGACUUCUUGAAAGUGGUGCUGUGCACGUGCGUAACGUUUUUCGGCUGUGUGUCAAGGAAGUCAUCAUCGGCUGUCCCGAGCUUUCGGUUCUGUCUUUCUGCACUUUUUUGUUUCCCGUGGCUGCAACGUGAGUUUUAUCUUCUACGGACUGCAUACUGCCGGCUGGUCUGCAAUUGUGUUCAACGGUUGGCGUCGCAGAGAACUUCCGCCACUUGACACUCAAGAAAGAUUGUUUCGAGGACGGGAGAAAAAGACAUGCGUAUGAACAAUCCCUGACAUUCUUUUUUUUUCUCUCUCUCUUUCAACAUUCCGUGAGAGCCUACGCUGCGCCAUUCUCCCGAACUCUGUCCUCCCAAAGCACCGUUCACUGUGACAAUCGUUCAACAGGUUGCCACUGAGUCAAACCUGUUAGCAAGACGGAUCAUUGGUGGUUUGCUGUGUGAACAAGAGGAACACAUUUUUCAGCCUUGUUAAAAAAAAUAUUUGACAAAUUAUCCCCUACGGCCCAUCGGAAAUGUUCUUGGCUGAAAACAGAAAACUCGUGGAUCGUCAACGCUGUCAGUCACCUGUUUAUUUAACUGCUUUCGUGCGUGAUAAUCUAGACAUUUAAGUCGUCCGUGAACGUGGAACUUCAUCUUGAACAACCUUACUUGAUUCUCGCUUCAUCAGGUGGCAGUGUUCUUCUUCGGAGAGCCUCACUGAAAUCAUCGCACGGUCACGUCAAUCGUUGGAUCGCUGGACUGAGACCUUCGUGUAGUAUUACGUUGUGCCAGGAGUUGACGUGCUGCUUUCUUGGUUGAACAGUCCCCGGUGCAACCCAAAUGCUGUGACUCUUGCUAAAAAACCGGUGCGCAAACCCGAGAGAAGGAAAUUGCUUCUUGGGGCCCUGUUACACUGAACUGCCGGAUAUGUCACUGCUGCUCCUGCUACUGGCGGCCAUAUUUGUGUUCGCCGUCGUGCUCGUGGUGACCUACUUGACGUAUCGACGACUGUACGACAAUCUCCAGUUCAAGCCGAAAGUGCUCAACGACAGUCCCGUUCACGUCAAGAUUGCUCCGAGGUCUCCCAGCUCUGGGAACGUACCUUCGAUCACGAUCAGCCACAGCCUUCCCGAGAUGAAGGAAGUGGUCGUAGAUGGGGCUCAAGAUGUCGCCGCCAAGAAGGUGGCCCCCUUGCGGCAGAUUACCCUUCCGGCCGUGCCUACCCGUCAUCUGACCUUUCAGAGGCAGCUGUCGCAUCGUCUCGAUCUCUCCACCACAGUGCCCUUCGAAGUGUGCAACAUGCAACAGCGUGAGAGCCACGGCACCGUGGGUGCCAUACAGCCCGAACUGUACGACCAGGAGGGCGUCACUUCCGGGGAGUCCGGACGCGACUCCACCGACCUCACGGCGCAGGCGACGACUUGCGGCAAGCUGCAUUUCACACUGAAGUACGACAUCGACUUGGAAGGACUCGUCGUCAAGAUACUGCAGGCCAAGGACCUUCCGUCUAAGGAUUUCCUAGGCUCAUCUGACCCUUACAUCAAGCUGUAUCUCCUCCCGGAACGUCGCAAGAAGUUUCAGACCCGAGUUCACCGCAAGAACCUGAACCCAGUGUUCAACGAGUCUUUCGUGUUCGCGAUGACACUGGAGGAACUCCGCCAGAGGACGCUGCAGUUCUCCGUGUACGACUUCGACCGUUUCUCGAGGAACGACCUUAUCGGUCACGUCAUCGUCAAGCACCUCCACGAGCUCUGUAACCCCACUCACGAGAUGGAGUACACCAUGGACAUUGUGGGUGUGCCUCAGGAAAAAAUGGACAAGCUGGGAGAGGUCAUGCUCUCGCUGUGCUACCUGCCAACUGCCGGACGACUGACAGUCACUGUCAUCAAGGCCAGAAACCUGAAGCCCAUGGACAUCAGCGGGUCCUCUGACCCCUACAUCAAGGUCAUCCUCGUCUGCGAGGGCAAGAGAAUCAAGAAAAAGAAAACGAGCGUCAAGAAAUCGACGCUGAACCCGGUGUUCAACGAGGCCCUCGUCUUUGACGUGCCGCCGGAGAACGUCGACGACGUUAACCUUGCCAUCAAAGUGGUAGACUAUGACCGGGUCGGACCAAACGAACUAAUGGGGUGCUGCGCCGUUGGACAGUUGGCCACAGGCGUUGGACGCGACCACUGGCUCGCCGUCAUGGACAACCCGCGAAAACCGACUGCCCAGUGGUAUCCUCUUGUAGACAGCCUCCCUGCUGAGUUAGACCCACCGCGAACGCCGUCGGUUACCUGUCUAAAGUGAAGUGUUUGCAGGAUGGCCAGUUGGAUUUCAGAGAUGAAUCCAUGCCUCGAUAGUGUUGAUUCAACAAUUCCGCACAAAGCGGCAUUGCUUGGGAGAGAGAAAGAUUCACUGGCUCGGAAGAAGUGCCGGUAUUUUCUCCAUUGAUGGCAUCGGCAAAAAGUUGACAUUGUGAGCUUGUUCUGUGUUGGACUCGCAUUGAACUGCCGACUGAAUACAGGAAAUUGUGGCCGCAGCUGUUAAGACAGAUUGCCACAUGCAUUGUAAGAUCGCUAAACAGAAUGUAGGAGUUAAAGGUUAUAAAAAUUGAGAACGUCGUUUAAAAGACGGGCCUGCUCACAGGGUUCGUGUGCUACGGUGUCCGGUACGAAUUUCAAUUGGCCGUAAGAACAUUCCUUGGUCGAAGGCUUGCGAGUAAUUGUACAGGUUCAGUGUUCUGCUCUUUGGCUUAAAAAAGUCACCUCUCGACGGAGGGGAGCGAUAGUAGAGUGCUACUUUCGGUAUGCGAAUAGAAGUGUUUAUCAAAACGCAUUUCACCAACGUGUGGUGUGGCUUUAUUCUUAUACCAAUCAAGAUACAUAUUAACCAGUGGUUCAGUGUAAGUUAACUGCACGUUCUUGUACCCGUUGCAUAGCUGAUGCUUCUGUGAGUUGUCAUGAGGGAAUUUCGACGCAUCCGUCGCUUAAAGCGCAGUCCGGGAAAGCCUUUGGCAGCCAGGGCGAGAGCUGUUCGCAUGUCACUGUUUAAGUGAGCACGUCAUUAUACCGAAACUUUUCAGCCAUUCUGGUCAAGAGACUUGCCGGGCAUUUUCCAUCCCGCCUGCGAAGGGUGGUAACCGUUAUUUGUGGCAAAGAACAUCCUCAUUAAGAAACCAGCCACAGUGACACCCUGAAAGGGUACGUAGGUGUGCAUGUCACGAAAACUGCUUUAACUAACACGAGUUCCUCACAAGCAUAAUUGAAGCGAAGCAUAUACAAUCGCUUCGCGAUACGCUUCAAGCAGGGAUUCAGCAUUCGAUUUCAAUCAGUGGUUGCCCUCGCGUUCUCUCUAUUCCUCUGGAUUGACGUCUUUUGAGGUACGAGUCGUACCGCUUAUGCGCGCUGAAUAUACCUAAGGCCUGCCUACCUACAGCUUUAACGGUAACUGUACAACUUGUGAUACGUAGGCCCAGAAAGAGACUUAGUGUUUGCUGUAGUUUUUCUGAGAAGAGUCAUAGACCUUCUUCGAUGUACAACGCGAUACCAUGUAAGAUAAAACCCAGCGCGGAGCGCCAUGCGAUGUGACCGCAAGUUGUGUUCCAGAUCACCGGUCUCACUUUCACCUAUAUAUCGUCAUAUCCUGAUUUGAGAUAAAUACCAGAUUGUAUGCCUUCUACAGUUAUCUGUUCAAAAUUUGUAACCAGCACUGUUUGAUAAUGCACACAAUCUAGUGUUAUCGUGAAGUGUUUUGCCUUAUGAAGUGUCUGUAAAAAACAGUGAGGAAACAGUAACAGUAUCUAUGGUAGUUUGCAAGUAAUGUUCGUUUAUGUAUAAUGUGUUCGCUAAUGUACACUACGCCUAAUAUAGUAGAGAUAUGUAGUGGGCAAUCUCUUGGGCUGUGCCCACUGCUAAUUGUAGUUGGAACAAAAAAGUGGGAGCAUUUGUUAACUAUUUCUUUCCAGUAGAUGUCAUAAUUUGAAUAUGGCACCUCUGUUACCGGUCCAGAAGUAUGGUAAACUGCAUGAAUUAGACGUGGGACCUUAAUGUUCGGUUAACCUAGUUGCCAGCCCAACACCACGGCUUCAUAUGUCGUGAUUUUUCAGGGGCCUGCCUAAUUUGGCAGUAGGAUUGUCAUAUUUCAAGUACAUUAGUAGCACGUACAACGCUAAUUUGUUGGAUAACAAUACAAAACAUGUAUAUAAAGUGGUCGUUUGUCAUGUCUGUUAACUUGUACGUUUUUCUUUAAACAGUGUUUUUCAGCGUAUAUUGGAGUGCUUGCCGCAUAUGUCACUGAAGCAGGCUGGUUAAAAGCGGCAUCUCAUUGUUUUGAAGUCAUGUGAUACGUGACACGAGGGGACCUACAGCGUACGUUCCGCAUCCGAGUGUCUUGCUGAAUUCCGCUCCAUCUAUCACGUGGCCAGUGGCGUGCACGCUUUCCUUAAUGCGUUGUAAUGAUCGUUUGCGCAUGUGCAAGUAUUGUAUAUAUUUUGAUGAGAGACGAAGUGUCGCGGCAGUUAUAACUGAAGCCAAACUGCGGCGUGUGUAAAGGUCUGUAGCCAUUAUUGUUUCUGUGUUGUUUCCACCUCGCCCGGCAAUACUACAACACCGUUUAGACGUUUGACGUAGCAUACCGACCGCACACACCUUAGCUCCUCGUAUCAUGUACGUUUCAUUUCCGUUGUUUAGAUGCCGAAAUGUCCCGGUGGCUUAUUAGUAACCUCCUUUGGAUGUCGUACGCUGUGCUUCGCGAGGUUGCAAUAAACCAAAAUCUCUGAGUUCAUUUUUGGCGUAAUGCGAAUCAAGGCGGCACCAGAAUCAUAGAAAACGACUAUGCAAUACGCACGUAGAUGCUCCUUGCAUUGACUGCCUCUUUUUAUGUUAAAGUUCAGGCUAUUCAUUGUCAUGAACUUUCCGAAUGAAAGUUAUACGUUAAAAUAUAGAAAUAUGUGAUAUUAUCUACAAUUAAAGCAAAUGAUCUUGCGCCAGGGCAGUCACGUUCGUUUGAUGUCACUUUGCCCAUGAUGUGUAUUGCACAAACGUUCGUUAAAACAUAAUACUUUAGCAUGACUACCCUACUUUCUUAAUAAUGUUCAUACAUAUUGUAGCUCCUGAAGCUUAAAGAGCACAAUGCAUACGCGUUCCCAGUUGGUGAGUUAGCCGCAAUGUGCAAUAUGAGCGAACUUUUGUUAUGGUAAUUUCAUAUUUCAUUUAGUUUGUGGAUUUGUUGAAUAUUUUAGGUUAAUCACUUCGUGAAUGAUUGAAUCCAUUUCCGCGUGCAUAUAAUUUGGCAGGAAGAAAUUUUAUUCAAGCUUGUUCUUUAUGAAAAAGUGUAUUUUAAUGCCACCUGAUGGAUACAUUUCCUUAAGCAGUCCUGCUUCUUCUGACACCGUGAGAAUGUGUAUUCGAACAUUACACCCAUCAGGAAAACCGCUUACUCCAAAGAGUUCAUAAGGAUUUUGAUAUUGCUUGAAGAACUGUAAAUUUUAUUGCUUUAGAGUGUGCAGAAGGGAUAUAUACAGUUUUUUUUGUCUUAAAUCAGGAAACAUGGACCGUGUUGUGUUUAGAGUUUUAUGAAAAUUUUUUGGCAGUAUCUCUUCGCGUGCAAACACUGGCGCAGAAGUUCGAAUUUUUCAUACAGGAGAUAUCCAAUAGAAAACCACAAAUAGGCGCAUUCAUUCAUCGUUUUAUAUGACUGUAUUCAAUGGAAAGACAUGUAUGUUUUCCAUUACGACAUGCGCUACUAGUUCAUUUUCUUCUUUCGCCUGUCUUCCUAGUGAAUGACUAUCUUCGAUAGAUUGAUUUCACGGCGGGUGCUUCUAGACGCUUCAGCGGAAUCCCAGAAACUUGGAUCUUAACGUUUUUAGAAUGACCGAUAAAGUUCUAGCGCAAUUCUAUAUGUUUGCGGUGAAAAACAAGAAACAGCUCCAGGUUUUGCCACGGCCGGUGAUUGUUUUGUGCAAUAAUUGUUGCGAAGUUUAUUAUGUAUUUUUAGAGAAUGUUGAUAGCUUGGACUGUACAAAUGAACGAUUUUGUAAUGGCCCUUAUAUUUGCUUUUUCAUAGUUUGAAACAUAUGUCUCUAGAUAGUCUUGACUAGACAUUCAAAGAAGGUGGUAGUAAACAAGCUUUCGCAGAGUGAUGUUUUUUAUGACACUAUUAAAUAUAAUGUGCAGAAGAGAAAGUACACGGGGAUUGAAGUAUAGAAAUAUACUCAAGAACUCUUCGCACCAUAACCAGAGGAACCAUGGAUACGCUGAGACUAAUGUCUUGGAUGAUGUAAUUAAAAUAGUGGAAAUUUCAUUACAUGGAGAACAAGUUGGUCCUGGCUCAUAAAAGAUAUAUUCGCGUAUAGUAUUUUUUAAAAAAAUAUAUAUACCCAAAGAAUUUCAGUCGUGAGAAUGAAAAUACUGUGAAGACGAACCUCAGUAAUGGGAAUACAUACGGAAAAUGCUCAGUCGUAGUAGCGUUCCAGAUGAAACAACGAGAAAAUGACAACUGAAUAUUGCAACCAUGGCGACAGGUUAAACAACAAAAAGCGAUAAAACUCAUCUGUUGAAGAUGAGUGCUGAUUCUUUAUGGUUCGAACCACUAGGUAAUGCUCUAUUCAUAAACUUGCGGCAUCUAGACCUGCGCCAGAUGCGCAAUAUUGCUUAUCCUGUUUGUAAACUGAAUGCCAUAAAACUUCCAAAAACAUGGGUACGGCAAAAUCUAAAGAAACAUACAGCAUUAUUCAUCCCUUUGCCGACUGCUGCUGAAAGUGCUAUGAGACAACGAUUAAGGGGACCUUUGUUUCAUGUUUUAGCAUGCUAUCAGUAAGUUUUAGCGUUUCUCUUCGUUUUGAUGCGUUCUGUCAAUAGCGGGGACACAGGAAAGUCUAAACUUGGAUCCAAUGCUUCGACAGCUACACAAUAUCACAAAACAGUCCUUACUUGUCCAAACAUUGGAACAUCCGGUCGAAUUCGAGGACAUUCAUUGUUCUACCACUGUUGACUUGGAGUGUACACCUUCCUGUGAACUGCUAACGUUCGGUGUUUGGUGUCCGUGUAGUGAACUGUCCUGGCAAACAUGAUUUUCUUCGGUGCCCUACUUGUUGCAAGCGUUUACGACAUGCGCGUCUAUAUCAGAUCCUGCGAACCCAAAGGCCACAUUCUGAUGUACAGACCUGAACGGCUGCGUGUAGCAGCAUGCACACCUGACCUGUUCGCCGUCUACUAUAAUACUCUGUAUCUCGUUACCUUGGGGUGUGUGUCAUUUUCCGUUGUGUGAGUUGUAGCGCUAUUGCCAGAUAUUGUAACUCAUUUGUGCACACUGCAGAUGACGUUGGCGUUUGCAUGUAUCCUCAGUAAUACUGGUAAUCGUGUAUGGCUCUUUCAAUUAUGUUAUUGCACUGAUAAUUACGCUGUUUGAUGAUACCGUUAUAUGUGUGAUUACAUUUGUUGUGCAUACAUUUUGGGUGUUCAGUGUGAAAAGAGGCUUAACCGGACCGGCCAGUUUCACGUUGCUAUACAUUUUGCCGACCAAAAUGAGGUAACUUGUCCUCACGCAUAUUGCCUCUGAGGGUGAGAGCACCCGCGAUGUUUCGAAAGCAGCUGUUCAAGUGUGAUAUGUUGCCGGCACAUUUAUGGACGUGACGUAAGCAUCCAUUGUACAGCUUCAUUGAGAAACAGUCGUUUCGAGAGUGAACCAGUGAGAUGUACAUCCGCCAAAAACGGGCAAGUGUGGCCGACAUACGAAAGUGAUGUAUAUUUUUAAAUCAAGAUUCCUAUGAAGCGAUUGCGGGAGAGAUUAUAUUGUAAAAAAAGAUGUAGCACGAUGAUUGUGUAACUGCUCUUACGACAGCUGUGAACCCGAUUGUGUGAAAGUUGACGUGCGUGAAAAAAUAAAUAUGCCCUUUAUUUUUGGCGUUAAGA